AUGGCCAGCAGUCUGAAGCGGCAGAUUGCGGGUGUCCCCAGUGGAGAGCCAGGGAGGUCUAUGUCAUCUACCUCCUAAGAGCCAGGCAUGUGAGACAGGCGGUGGCCAAGGACAGAGUGCAGAGGUCAAGUCUACAGUGCAGGUCCAGGUAACCAACCAAACACGGUCACACCUUAGAAACUUGACCCAGGCAAGAUGUCUGGACGCCAGGUGAAUCGAUCCAACACUUACAGCCGUUUGAGCCAUCCCAACAACACCCCGUUUCCUCCCCGAACUCCAGGCUGGACCCACUAUUCCAAUACAAACAACGUCAAGGGUCUGGGUCCGCAUAUCCCAAGCGGCCCUGAGCUCAGCACCUCCAGUGGCCAUUUGGAACAGCCCUGCAACCCUGCCUCCCCCAAACUUCCUGUGGGGAAUAUCUGCUUGGCCCAGCCCUACAACUCCAGGUGUGUAGAGACAAGUCACCUGUUGAGAGGCCCCAAGGUAGCCAGGAAGCCCAGUGGUCAGCAUAGCAACCCUCAAUGCCUGCUCUGCACAGACCGUCCAUCAUCCCCCUCCAGCCCUACCUUCCUGGACCAGCUCAUCAAAGGCAUCAACUACCUGGACAGAUCCACCAACGUUUUCAGCAACAGCUACCCCAAAGCGCUGAGCUUGCCGCAGCUGGCGGCCAGCUACCUGGAACGAGCCGCCAACUCACUCUACCUGGACCCGGUGGAACCUGCUCCACCCCGCAGUUAUUCUACUCCCAGCACUAACAUAGACACUCCCGCCAAUCACUCUCCAGCCAAUAACUGCUUGGUCCCUUCCAUUCGGGACACCAACACUCUGCAGUACUCGGGUGGUUCCACUGGCUUGAACUGCCAGCACCAGCCUCAUAACCAGAGUUUCUCUGCCGAGAUACCUCAGAGGCCAGGUGUAAAACUCCCAGAGAUCCCUCUGUUUGGCAAUGGGUUAUUAUCCUUAGGUCGUCUCCCCAAGUUCUGGGAAACAAUCCGCUCUGGAUGGAAUGCCCAUGAAUCCACCUCUAAGCCCUCGGGUUGGUGGUGACAUGGAUGCCAGUUUUGUCCCGUGGGCACAUGGCCACAAUGUGGAAAAUAAAUCAUACAAGCCAG